UUCAGCGAGCUAAACACAAGCUCAGCGAUAUAAUCUAAAAGUCACUAUAUUAUAUUAUAAAAUUCAUGGCGUCAGAUCACUAUAGUGUGUUUUUGGACAUAUUGCCUCAAAACGUACAGCGUCACCUUCUCGAUCAAAAUCCAAAGCAGAAAGAAGAAGCAGCAGCUUUAACAUGUGAAAGAAAAAAAAAAAAACUCAAUCUCUCUGAUCUUCCACUGACCCUGGUGAAAACAGCAGUGUUAGGUAAAAUCCUGCAGGUUACAUCACCUCCGAGUGUGAUGAAUGCACCCGGCGCGCAUGUCUCAGUCCUAUUGGGCCCAGCGCUGAUGGGUGGACUGAAUAAAUAGCGAGGGAGAUGCGGCUGAGGAUGAGAUGAGUGAAGGAGCAGCAGAGGAAGUAGGAGGCACAGUUCACAGCAGCUACUCGUGUUCACUCUGUGGCUGCAGCCGCGCGUCUUAGAGGCGACUGGACUCUGACUGGGCAGCAUCUCCACUCCUCCCCUCCACUCUACAUGCUGCGGUGCCGUCUCGCUACACGUUUGCGUUUCUCUGCGUGAAGCCGCGAUCCAAGUUUAACCGCACUUCUCCGCCGCAAACAGGUUGCAGGAGGUGAAGCUCUCUCUCUCUCUCUUCCCCCCACCCCUCCGCGCACCGGCUCUCCUCGCUGCUCUUUCUUUUUUUUUUUUUUGUCGGGUUGAAUUGAUCCGAGACCUCGGUGAAAAGAUGAUGAUCAUCAUCGCGGAGUUCUUCGUGGUCAUCCUCAAAGUGCUCUGGGCUUUUGUGACCGCCGGGGCCAAGUGGGUGGUGCGGCCCAAGGAGAAGAGCGUGGCGGGACAGGUGUGCGUGAUCACCGGCGCCGGCAGCGGCCUCGGGCGGCUCUUCGCCAAGGAGUUCGCCCGGAGACGAGCGAUACUCGUGUUGUGGGACAUAAACAGCCAGAGCAACGAGGAAACGGCGGAGAUGGUGCGGCAGAUUUACAACGAGCUGGACGCUCCCAGUACGAAAGACGGACCCGUCGGUGGUGUGGAGGAGAUCCCCCCCUUCAAGCCGCAGGUCUACACCUACGUGUGUGACGUUGGGAAGCGGGAGAGCGUGUACUCCACAGCCGAGAAGGUGCGCCGAGAGGUGGGCGAGGUGGACAUGCUCAUCAACAACGCCGGCGUCGUCUCCGGCCACCACCUGCUGGAGUGCCCCGACGAGCUUAUCGAGCGCACCUUGGUGGUCAACUGCCACGCACACUUCUGGACCACCAAGGCGUUUCUCCCCAAGAUGCUGGAGCUGAAUCAUGGUCAUAUUGUGACGGUUGCCAGCUCUCUGGGUUUAUUCAGCACAGCUGGAAUCGAGGAUUACUGUGCCAGUAAGUUCGGUGCCAUUGGGUUCCACGAGUCGCUGAGCCACGAGCUGAAGGCCUCGGAGAAGGACGGCAUCAAGAUGACGCUGGUGUGCCCGUACCUGGUCGACACCGGGAUGUUCAAGGGCUGCAGGAUCAGGAAGGAGAUUGAGCCUUUCCUCCCUCCCCUGAAGCCAGAGUUCUGCGUGAAGCAGGUCAUGAGGGCCAUCCUCACCGACCAGCACAUGAUCUGUACACCUCGCAUCGUCUAUAUGGUCAACUUCAUGAAAAGCAUCCUGCCCUUCGAGGCCAUCGUGUGCAUGUACCGGUUCCUCGGCGCCGACAAGUGCAUGUACCCCUUCCUAGCUCAAAGAAAGGAGGCCAUGAACAACAACGAGGCGAAGAAUGGAAUCUAGGGGGCGCUGUUUGCAAAAACGAACAGGGGCACAUGCACGUGCAGGCAUGAGGAAACAACCACUGAGGAUGAAAAUGGGGGAAGGAAGAAGAAAAAGACUGAAUCUAGACUGGUGCACUUGCAUUGAGCAAAUGCAAAGGUUUACCACAUUGUUCCUCUGGAACAAAGAAAGCUGUGUACUACACAAAGGAUUUAUUUGACUUUGUUCUGUCUUUUUUUUAAGUUUGUUUAAAGAAACCAACAUCUAUAUACUAUGUCACUAGUUUUGAAAUCAUACAGAAAAGAUAUCCAAUAAUUAACUAUUUACAUAAUGUAGUCACCAGCCUUUUUCUAGUGUCAUUGUGGAAAUAUACAGUAUGUUACUGUACAAACAGUAAGAAUCUUUAGUUUUUUCACUUUUUUCAAUUUUAUUUUUGUAGACAUGCACUGUAAUUUCAGUUGUUUUCUUUCAAUGCAGCAAGUCAAACUAUCCCCCCCCCCACACCACCGCCACCACCACCCACUCACACAGGCUCUUUCUCCUCUCAGUCACGAAACCAGUUCACAGCUGAUUAUAGCCUGUGCCAUUCAAAAAAAAAAAAAAGUAAAAUAAUAAUUACACAAUUAGACUUUACCAUAUUUUUGUUUUUGUUCCUUAAGUUACUGAAACAUAGCAUAUGUUUAAAAAUGAAGUCAUUCCAAAUGGGACAUUAAAUGGCCAGACUGUGGCUGAGUGAAGCCUUCACAGGAGACUCACCGUUGCUCUGUCAAAAGUCCUCGUUAUUUCAGGUCUUCAACGACCAACCUCUCCAGUAAAAGGGAGCUGAUGUCCAACAAGCAUGUCUGACUCAUUCAGAAUGUACCACUUUGGGAGAACCCGUGAGGAAAUUAAUUCUCAUCUCUCUCAUUCGUCUUGAUUUUUCCAGAUCUGUGGUUGUUUAUAUUGUACAUUUAUGUUACCGAUAUUAUUUGAGUGAGAAAAUAACCCGACAAAGGCUGUAACUCCCCGAUCCCCAUACAGAUGUAUGGUCGAGGGAAAUAUAUUAAAAAGACACUAGCUUUCUAUUAUCCUUUCCAAAUUAACACUUUAACAAUCCUGUCCAUCGUCCACCUUGUACAGUUAAAGUGAAAUGUAAAUGUUUAAAUGUUGUGAAUACCCCAAGUUUCCCCCCCCCGAAACGACUGUCUCCACCAUAUUUGAUUUAUAGAUAUUUUAUAUACCUUUUGUUUGGGACGACGAGAGUUUUUGAAUUUCAACGACAUUCCAAUGGGCGUCAUUCCUUCAGUCACGGGGAUGAGCCUAAAUUCUCUACCUCUUCAUUUUAUUUUUGACAGUAUGACGUACUCCUCUUUUUUUUUUUUUUUUGUAAUCCUCUGAAGACUGCUCCAUAGCAGAGCAAAUGUGGUUCCAAUGUUUAGUGUCUCUACCUAACUUAAAUUAAUAAAGUGAUUUAGAUUAUUA